UUUCGCUCGUCAAUUAGAGCAAGGUUCGUUUAGCUUAUUUUUGGGUGGCCCCCAAGUAUACAGUAACACUAAAGCGUUGAGGCGCGUCCCAUUCCACCCAAAUGCAAUAGUUUGCUCCAUUUCACCUCAUGACAAUACAACAUUACGAUCACAAGAUGGAAAAGAAGAAGAAAACGAUCGAGAUCGUAACGAGUACUAUCCAAUGUCGGACGACGAUAUUGAUGACGAUUCUUUAACAGAUCAGGUGCCAUUUGGAUAUCAGCAACUUGCACAAGACGAGGACGAAGGUGUUUCCUUGACAGAAAAUGCUGAUGACGAUAGUAGUAGCGACGGGCAACGAGAAGGAACACACAUGACAAUAGCAGAGGCACCACCGACAGUUUCAUUGGACAAAACUGAGGAAAUUCCUGAAGACACGGCAAAUACGAUCAAGUCAAUCAUGGGUAGUAUCCAGAUGCCUGAUCAUGCAAUUCCAGAAUGGGCUAAAGCGAUUCCAGAAUCAAUGUGGCUGCCACAAUACCAGCAACAACAGGACCAAGAGGCAGAUGAUCGUGGUACUAGGGAUGAAGCAGUAGCAGAAACUGCAGGAACAACAACUACUACAGCUCAGAAUGCGUGAAAGAAGAAAGCUCAUCCUAGUUUGGCUGUGAAAACUCAUGAAAGUGAUAUCCCGCCAUGAGAUAGUAGCCGAAGAAGGCUUAAUAUUGGAUGUAUGCCUACACUAAUACAAUCUGAAAAUUGACAUCAUGUACUACUUUUACAUUGUACUUUCGAAUAAGGUCACAAUACUGUUUAUCUGCAUGGAUAGUCACUGCAAUGGCUCCGUACAACGGUCGAAUAUACAAAAGCUUAAAGUAAAUCAAA